AUGCCUCGCCGACCGCCGCCCCGCGACUACUACGAAGAGGAUGAAGAGGAGGUCUUCGAGAGCGAGCGCGAGCGCUACCAUAAACCAAGACGGCGGGAGCGCGAUUUCGACGACGAAUUGCGAUAUCGCCGUCGCGGGCCUGAGCCGCCCGUCGAGGACCUUGAGCGUCUGUACAUUCGCGAGCGCCCGCCGCGAGACUUUGUGCGCGAGAACUAUGAGCCCCGAUCCAGAGAGCGGGUCCCUGUGAUCCCACGGCGGUCUAGGGAGGAAGUGCACGAGUUCUCGCCAGACAGAGAGUAUGUCCCGCGACGCGAACGGGAAGAGGCGUAUAUUCCGCCGCCAGGGUCGCGGAGGAGACAUUGCCCUCGCACGGUCGAUGAGGAAGAUCUCAUUAUGGAAGAAAGUGAUAGACAAAGGGGUAGACGGCGUCGUGCAGAGCGUGAGCUGGAGAAAGAGGACCUAGCUAUCCGAUCAAGCCAUCCAGGAGCAAGCCGCCAGUACGAUAGCGAGGAAGAAUGUCUGCUACAAGAGAGAUCACCAAACGAUGAUCGGGACGAGGUCCACUAUCGGUCAUCUGCCUCGCGAAGAAGACCCCGUCUUCCAGAAGUGGAGGUGGAGGAGGAGAUUGUUGACGAGAUAGACGAGGAACAAGAUCGCCGGAGCAGACGGCAUCACAGAGAACGCAGAAUGGCAGAUGACAACCAUGAGAUGCCGGCGCGAUGGAAAGAGUCUGAGCCAAUCUCUUCUGGGGCCGAAGAUGAGGAUUUGCCAUUUCACGAAAGAGACAGACGGGCACAACCCCCUCUCUCCUAUUCAGAGUAUGAGCCCGGGCUACGAGACCCGUCAAUCAAAAACAGGGACGACAGUCCCAACGAAGCAAUCAGAGUCUGUGCACGUUUCCGUCCCAAGCCACGACACCGAUACCCUGGUGAAGACGACCAUAUUGUCGUUCCGCGAGAGCAGCGAGACCGAGACCGAGACGGACGACAGGGCAGCGCAGACAGCGAAGAAAUCUACAUUCACAAGAGGAGGCGCCGGCCGUCAUCUCGUGAAGUGUCACCAAUCCGGGCGCCCCCGGUUCCCCAGGAUUCGUUUGUGCGCCGUCGUCCUGUCGAGAAUAGAUACGAGGCAAACCGUCUACCUCGCGCACCUAGCCCCGAGUUGCCGUCCGUGAGGACUAGCCUCGAUGAAGUGGACCUACAUCAUCACGGGAAAAGAACAGGAAGAGAGUCAGAGGAAGACAUCGUCCUCGAACACAAAGACAGCAAUGGAUCUCUCUCUCCACGGAGCCAUUCAACCUUCGACUUUCAUAAUCCAUGGGAGGAAGAGCACGCCGUACCACGCCGCCAGCUUCGGCGCGAGCCAGAAUCUAUGCGCGUCGAGCGACCUCGCAGCCGUGAUCGACACAUGAGCCCCAGCGUGUCAGACAUAGAAGAAAAGAUUGAAUUCCAUAAACGCCACACUCGGGAUCGCUCUAGCAACGCCGCCGACGACUGGUCGAUGAUCUCUGCGCCGAGAAACAGUGAUCCCGUCGAAAUGAGCGGGGCCUUGAACGUCGUCGAGAUUGCGCCGCGGGAUCCCUCCGAAGACGAUGACGACGACGACGAGGUAGAGGUACACCCGCGCAUGGGACAGAAAGUAGUCAAAGACCGCCGCGACGAACGCUGGACCGAGAUUGCCAAGGAUCUGGUGGUGAAAGAGGCCAUUGAGAGGAUGGGGUACGAGUAUGACGAGACGAGGAUGUUCUACUACAUUUUUUCGUACCUUGAACGAGGUGAUAUCGACGAGCUUGUAGAUUUGUCCGACGAGAUCCGGCACGCUCGCCGCCGACGAAUCCGUGAGAUCAACCGUGAGCGUGCUGCCAUGUCUCCGCCUGUUCCUCUCCCGAGCAGGAUUCCGCCUCGCCCGGGGAAUAAACGAGUGAGGGAGCGGGUGCGGAUUGAUUACACUUGA